UAAGGCCCUGUGAUAGACUAGUGUCCAGUGGGUGUACUUGUUUUGAACUCUUCAUCAAAAGCCUCACGCUACAGUAGAUAGGCUCAUGCCGUUCUGGCUUGGACAAGGCUACUUAUAUGUCUCAAUACUCUCUAAAAGGCAUUAAUAAUGGAUAAAACUCACUUUUUAAAAUUUUAUCUCUCAAUGGAAUGAUAAGCAGUGCAACCAAACCAAUGACUUUCCGUGUGCCUUCAAACCUGACGAAAGAGAGGAAAUGAAUGAAGGAGGAGAAGAAGAGGGGGUGGUGGAAAAGGGGAGUGAGAGGUUUAUCAUUUAGAGUAGAUGACUGAUGAGCAGUCAAGUGAGCCCAAAGUAAGAUUUAAUGAAGCAACUGAUAGUGUUAGAAACUUCUAGACACAUUGCAUUUGAGAAUCCUAUCUAGACCUAUUGUUAGAAAAGUGUGACCUAAUGUAUUUUCAGGAGGAAUGGUGUCGAUAAAGAAUGCUGCUUCACGUGUGUGUACUAUGAAACAUUAUGCAUUUUUUUUAUUAGCAAAUAAAAAAAGGAAUACAAAAAAUAUCUUCAUUAAUCAUUGCAUCACUAUAUUUUGUUGACCUGGCCUUAUUUAGCUAUAUUUAGAAAGCAGAUGGGGGUCAAGAAAUAACAAUUCAAAUACAGCCUCUUCUUAUUUAUAGAUGGACAACCCACUGGGUUGACUUUACAGAUUUAGAAUUGAACCUAUUACCUUUCCAUUCGGUGCCCUGUUUGGGUAGUGUGCCCGAAACAGAGAUCGUGCGUGAUAUUUACUUUGCAUGCGUUUUUACGCAUGCCAUUGAUCAGAGAGAGAGAGAGAGAGAGAGAGAGAGAGAGAGAGAUUAAUCGCCCUCUGCACAACUGUUGCUCUAAUCCUCCUUGAGAGGAUAGGCUUAGUAAAACUACAGGUUGGAGACGCUGCUGCAGCCAUAUUGAACAGACAUUUUGUAAAAAUAAAAAAAAGAUAGUUCUUUUUUAAUUUGAUGACCAUAUUCUAAUGAGCAUUUUUGAUUUACCCUACUAAAUAUUUUUACAAUUAACUUUGAAACUUAUUUUCGGGCAGGUCACUGGAUGAAUCAGUAGGCUAAUAAAUUGUAAUUUUCUAAUUUGGUAACCUUUUAAUUAGCGGUUGUAGAUUAGAAUAACGCUUUUUGAUAGUUUAGAGAUUGUGACAGUGACAACACAGUUUUGAAGAUGAAGGACCGAUUGGAACAGUUGAAGGCGAAAAGUGAUGUGGCUGGGGAUGAUGUGGAGAUUCCAGUGGAGAACCAAGCCUUUAUGGAUGACUUCUUCGCCCAGAUUGAGGAGAUUCGCAGCAGCAUCGACAAGAUAGAUGAGAGUGUGGCGCAAGCAAAGAAGCUGUACUCGACCAUCCUCUCCGCCCCUACGCCAGAGCAGAAGACGCAGGAUGAUUUGGAGGCAGUCACCAACGACAUCAAGAAAGCAGCCGGCACCGCUCGCAACAAACUAAAGAGUAUCGAGAAGCAACUUGAGACAAACACAGAGGAACGGUCGUCAGCGGACACGAGGAUCCGGAAGUCCCAGCAUGCCAUCCUGGCCAAGAAGUUUGUGGAGGUGAUGACCAAGUACAAUGAGGCUCAGACAGAUUUUAGAGACAAGAGCAAAGGCCGCAUUGCCCGGCAGCUGGAGAUCACGGGAAAAACAACGACCGACGAGGAGCUGGAGGAGAUGUUGGAAGGAGGGAACGCAGCCGUCUUCACCGCAGGGAUCAUGGAGUCGGGUAUAUCGAAGCAGGCGUUGAAUGAGAUCGAGGCGCGGCAUAAAGACAUUGUGAGGCUGGAGAGCAGCAUCAAAGAGCUUCAUGACAUGUUCGUGGACAUUGCUAUGCUGGUGGAGAACCAGGGCGGUAUGAUUGACAAGAUUGAGAGCAACAUGGACCAAUCGGUGGGCUUUGUAGAGCGGGCUGUUGCCGACACCAAGAAAGCAGCCAAAUUUCAGCAGGAGGCCCGUAGGGGGAAGUUGAAGAGGAGUGUCCCAGAUUACCCCCAGUUUAACCUGGGUGGAUGGAUCAACAGUGGUCACUCUGUCUGUCAAGAGAUGCAUACAGCGCUACUCAGAGGAGACACACUUCAGUCUUGCUUAAGGCCUUCCACCCUUUCGUCUUCUCUCUCCCUCUUUCCUUUCGUCUUUUUCUCUGUCUUUCUCUCUCUCUCCCUCUUUUCCCCUCUCUCUCUCUCGUUCCUCUUUUCAGGCAUGCUUCUACCCACAGCUCCUUUUCCCACUUCAAGGAUAUGUGUCAAUUAGCUUUGGUAGUGUGGCUCCUUAAUAAUCUAAGCCAAGGACAGUUUCAACGAUAACACUGUGUAAUCAUGUCAAGUAACCUAAAGAUAUUGGUAAACAAAUGAAUAUGAUAAAACGAUGAUUCACUGCCCUAUUGUCAGCUAGUAAUCAAAAUGACCCCAAAAUGGCACGUUUUUAUGUUAUUAUUGUGUGUUGAAGUUACUGCUUAAUAUUGCACUCCUGUCAUUUUUAUCCUACAUGUGUGUCAAUGCAUGUACCACCAGGGAUCAUGCCUGUGUCAUAAAACUGUCACCUGCACUCUCUCUACAAAUGAUGUGUAUAAACCCUGUAUUGAAGCCAACGUGCAGCCAUCUUGGUAAUCCUCUUCAAUGGUUAAAAGAUUUUGGAAGCUAUAGAAAUGCAUUUGUUAAUGUCUACAUUCGUUUUGAGACACGUUUAUUCUAUUAGACGCUUUAAUGCAUACUUUUAAAUUCUAUUAUGUGGCCUAAACAUUUUUUUUUAAAUGGGGAGAGUACUAACGUUACUGUCCCCACUACAAAAAAAAUACUUAAAUAUAUGUCAUUUUGUCUUUGAAAUACUAUGGAGGACUACUCCUUCUAGGGAGGGCCAAUAUGGCCAACCGGUGGCCAACACAUAGCAUCAGCAGUCCAGGGUUUAUUUAUAUAAGCCAUUGCUCUCUACCCCCUCUAAUAAUAGAUAGGAUAGUAUUUUUGUUGUGAUGCAAGCAAGCAGUAUCAAGUGAAUAGCCAAUAUGUCUGUGUCUGUUUGUGUCUUCAGUCACAUACAUUUGUAGUGAUUUUGUAGGCAUUUAUAUGGAAAAUGUUAUCUGAACAAAAUGUAAGGUCAGGUUUCAGUUUUUUGUAGCUUUUCCCGUCUGUUGACAAAUAAUAAAAAUCAAAAAGAAUCGCCA